AUGCCAAGCACUACUAGUCGGCGCUCCAUAUCCUUGGGUUCAAAUACGGGUCCACUUCGACAAGGUGCCUCUACUCCUGGUUUACGAUACAAAAAUUUAGGAAAAUCUGGCCUUAGGGUUUCAAAUAUAGGACUAGGUACGUGGCCAACUUUCGCCCCGGGCGUCACCGAGGAACAAGCCGAACAAAUUGUGCGGCUUGCGGUGGAUAGUGGAAUAAAUCUAUUUGAUCUGUCGGAAGCGCACUCAGCGGAGACAGAGCUCGGGAGAAUUCUACAAAGAAGAGGAUGGAAGAGAUCUAGUUAUAUUGUAACAACAAAAAUAUAUUGGAGCACGAAGUCAGACGAGCGGGGUCUCUCUAGGAAACAUAUCGUUGAAACAGUCCGAGCCAGUUUAGAGCGCCUUCAACUUCCCUACAUUGAUGUCGUAAUAGUACAUAAGGCAGAUCCCAUGUGUCCCAUGGAAGAGGUGGUUCGAGCGAUGCACUACGUGAUUUCCCAGGGAUGGGCGAUGUACUGGGGAACGGCGCGAUGGACUCCUGUGGAGAUUAUGGAGGCAUAUACGAAUUGUCGGCAAUUCAACUGUGUUACGCCGAUCGUCGAACAGACGGAGUAUCACAUGUUUUGUAGGGAAAAGGCUGAACUGUACCUCCCUGAAUUAUACAAUAAAAUUGGCGUAGGCCUUAUGGUAUGGGGCCCUUUAUCUAUGGGUCUAGCAGGCGCCACUGGAGAACAACCUCAUACCCAAAUCUUCACAUCAAGAGGCAGUUUUAAAGCUAAAUACAACUCAUUUAGUUGGACAGAAGAUGAAGUCGCUGCUAUAAAUAAAGAGGUCAGUUUCGGUUGGACGAAAGAACGAGGCGAAGAAACUAGGAAGCAUAGUGAUAGAUUAAAAGAUAUUUCGUGUUUAGCUGAAAAACUUGGUUGCACGCCUACGCAAUUAUCUGUGGCGUGGAGUUUAAAACAUGAGGCAGUCCAGUGCCUGCUCCUCGGAGCGAGUUGCCCGGAGCAAUUGCACGAAUCGCUCCAAGCACUCCAAUUGCUCCCUCGACUAAGUGGAGCGGUGAUGUUGGAAUUGGAACGUUUGUUGGACAAUAAACCCGUACGACCACCACCCAUAUCUACUAUGGCGUUGCGGUGA